AUGUCUAUUGGAAAGGAAACAGAAAUUUAUUACAACUUACCGAUUUACUGCGAUCGCCAGUGUUUGCACCAAUGUCACCGAACUCGUCACCAAAUUCUUCUGCCACUGCUAAUUAUUCACUUACUUCUCAUAACAAUAUCGAACUCUCUUGAUAUUUGCACAGAAAAUAUGGCUUGCAGAGUUCGAUUAAGCCAAUUCGCAUUAAUCGAAAGAGAUUACAAGGGCGAUUCGUCAGGUUGGUCAUCUGGAAUCGAUGAACCUUUAAUUUAUGAUGAAUUUCAUUCGCCAUCAGUUCAACUCGAUUUAUUUUCCGAAGCAAAUAUAACUCAAACUGAGAUAUGUAAAUGUUCGAAUGGAAACGAUUGCUCCUUCAAUCAAACAGAAAAUACAACUGAUCUCGAUCGAACAAUUUCGUUAGCGUUUUGUUCACCAAUAAAUGAGUUAUUUAACUGGAAAUGUAAUCGAUAUGCUUCUAGAAAUUAUUUACGAGUUAUUGGUGAAAUUGAUGAAACAGGCGAGCAACUUAGAAAUGUUUCCGAAGUUUUCGUAUUCUGUUUGUGUCCAAAUGGUUAUCAACGAAUGCUUGUUGAACAAUGGUUUGGUGAUCUAUUUGCUUUCGUUUUUAAAUGCUCAUAA